ACAUGGCUGCUGGAAACAAUGCACAGAGACCUAGAUGCUGUACACAGGAUCUUACCAGCUCUCACACAGAGGAAUCCUCACAGGUGGUUUAAUCAGAAGUGAGCAACACAACACAACACUACACAACACUACACAACACAUGCUGCAGCUGAAAGCUGAGAACUGCCCGGCACCUUGCUGGACUGAGAGAAAUCCCUGCAGAUCAGGAGGAGUAAAAGGGACCUGGAACAGCCAUCGCUAGAAUGAAGAGAAGGGAUCCUCCACCGAAAGGGGGCUCUGGGACUGUUUCCCACGGUAAGGGACAGUGGGGCAGCUCUGGGGACGUUCCAAACCCCAAAAAAAGGAUUGCACAGAGUAAAAGCCGACCUUUGCCACGUUGGGUUCUAUACCUGAAAGUGUGUGCGCUGAUUCUCGCCCUCACAUACAUAAGUGUGCCAUUUAUUAUCAGGAUUUUCCCUGCACUGCUUGGCAAGGUCGUUUAUUUAAAUAUGGUCAAAAUUCCUCUUUUUGUGGACUUGAAAAACCCCGGAGAGCUCCUGAAUUACACCACAAAUUUCUACCUCUCACCUGAAGAAGGGAUACACAUCGGCGUCUGGCAUACCGUGCCUGCCAGCAGGGGGGAAGAGGUGACGGGGAAGGGCCAAAGAUGGUUUGAAAAGACCCUAUCUGACGACAACCCAAUUAUAAUUUAUCUCCACGGUAAUGGAGGAACCAGGGCCGUUGAUCACAGAGUGCAGCUAAUGAAGGUGCUUAGCAAAGCCGGCUUCCACGUAUUGUCGCUGGAUUACAGAGGUUUUGCCGACUCCACUGGUGAGCCAAGCGAGGAGGGGGUGACCCGCGAUUCUGUCUACUUAUACGAAUGGGUGAAGGCUCGUAGUCAUGGAAAUCCUGUUUGUCUGUGGGGGCAUUCCCUGGGUACCGGCAUAGCCACCAAUGCAGCCAGGAAGUUACAAGAAAAAGGGGCCGCAGCUGACGCGGUUAUACUAGAGGCCCCGUAUACCAAUAUCCGAGAUGCCGGCGCAUUUCACCCAUUUGGAAAGAUAUAUCACAUGUUCCCGGGAUUUGAGUACUUUUUCCUGGAUACAAUGGCGCUGGCCAAUUGCGUGUUCCCGAAUGAUGAAAACAUUAAAGUCCUGACGAGUCCCCUUAUGAUCCUGCAUGCAGAGGAUGACCAUGUUGUGCCCGUAACGAUGGCUAAAGAGCUCCAUGAAAUCUCUAUAAACUCCCGUCAUCCCAGUGCGGUGAAGCUGGUGGUAUAUCCCGCAGAGCUGGGCUACAAACACAAGUUCAUCUAUAGAGAUCCUCACCUGACUGAGAAGCUGUGGGAUUUCCUGAACAACAUCUAAUAUCACAUGUUAUGAAGCCGCCACGGAGUAUAUAACGUCACUUCCACCAGCACUCCGUAUAACGGCUUCAAGGGACAGCAGCAAUCAGAGGUCUUCCUUUACGGUGUACACAUCUGCAUAAACGGACACCAGCCAUCACGGACAAGAGAUGUGUAUUCUGCCUGGAUAACUAGACUAUGGGUAUAAGGGCUGUAUUGUGCGCCAGGGCGAGAUAUUCUUAGGCGCAGUGCCAGUCCAGAUUUAUAUGCCCAAUCAGAUAAUCCCCCUAACUGCACAGAUUUACCCCCUAUUGCCCAACUGACCAGAAGUAAUCACAUUGCAUCAGAUCACUCUCCGCCUGGAAACAGACGUCACAGCUCUCCCAGGCCCCAGUCUUUAGCAUCACUCAUUAAAGAUAAUGGCCAUAGGUUUGAGUAAAGUAAAUUAUUGCUACCAUACAUCCAAUAA